AUGUCUGGUGUUGAUGUAGACAGUGAUUCGACGGGUAGUAUUCCUGAUAGUAUGUACACCGCCGGGUCUGGUGUUGAUGUGGGAAGUGAUUCGACGGGUAGUAUUCCUGAUAGUAUGUACACCGCCGGGUCUGGUGUUGAUGUAGACAGUGAUUCGACGGGUAGUAUUCCUGAUAGUAUGUACACCGCCAUGUCUGGUGUUGAUGUAGACAGUGAUUCGACGGGUAGUAUUCCUGAUAGUAUGUACACCGCCAUGUCUGGUGUUGAUGUAGACAGUGAUUCGACGUGUAGUAUUCCUGAUAGUAUGUACACCGGCGUGUCUGGUGUUGAUGUAGACAGUGAUUCGACGGGUAGUAUUCCUGAUAGUAUGUACACCGCCGGGUCUGGUGUUGAUGUAGACAGUGAUUCGACGGGUAGUAUUCCUGAUAGUAUGUACACCGCCGUGUCUGUUGUUGAUGUAGACAGUGAUUCGACGGGUAGUAUUCCUGAUAGUAUGUACACCGCCGUGUCUGGUGUUGAUGUAGACAAUGAUUCGACGGGUAGUAUUCCUGAUAGUAUGUACAUCGCCGUGUCUUAUGUUGAUGUAGACAGUGAUUCGACGGGUAGUAUUCCUGAUAGUAUGUACACCGCCGUGUCUGGUGUUGAUGUAGGAAGUGAUUCGACGGAUAGUAUUCCUGAUAGUAUGUAG